UUGGAUCCUUGUCAAUCACAGCGCGCCGCGUCCUCAUUGGUCAGAGCCCGCCCUUUGGGAACCUCGCUUUAAAUGUUUACUGACAGACAUGAUUUUGGAGCGGUCUUCAACGAAGUAAACGAAUUGUCCGAAGACCCGCACGUUAGCCACAGCUGAGGCCGGGAAUAUGCUGUAGUCGUCGCCUGGGAACUACUGCGGUCCAAACGAAGCGUUCAGCAACCAUGGAACUGGAAGAGAAACCAAAAUAUGGCGAGCCAAGGAAGUAUGAUCCCACCUUUAAGGGUCCAAUCCAGAAUAGGGGCUGCACAGACAUUGUCUGUUGCAUCCUCUUCAUUAUUGCCGUGCUGGGUUACAUCGCAGUUGGAAUUCUGGCCUGGUCCCAGGGUGACCCCAGGAAGGUGAUCUACCCCACAGACAGUCGUGGUCAGUUUUGCGGGCAGGCUGGCACUCCGCUUGAGAACAAGCGCCAGCUGUUUUACUUCAACAUCAUGAAGUGCGCCAGCCCCAUGGUCCUACUGGAGUUCCAGUGUCCCACCACGCAGAUGUGUGUGGAGAAAUGCCCUGAAAAGUUUAUGACUUUACUCAAAGCCUACACCAACCAAAAGGACUUUGACUACUAUAAAAAUUUCUGCAAGGACGGUGUGACUCGAACAAUGGGUGUACCGGAAAUUCUCAGCCAAGGUCUCUGUCCUGCGAUGCUGACACCCAGCAAGCCCUUCACCCGCAGGUGCUUCCCCGCCUUGGGCCUGAAAGGAGGCGUGAUAACCGUGGGAAACGAUUCCAAGUUCGAUGAUGGAACGGGAAACAUGAGAGAUGCCAAAGAUCUUGUGGAUGGAGUAAAGAACGCUACCGUGGUUAUUGAGGCCCGUCAGCUGGUGAUGAAAAUCUUUGAGGAUUACACACAGUCCUGGUACUGGAUCCUCAUAGGUUUGGUUAUCGCCAUGCUCAUCAGUCUGCUCUUCAUCGUCCUCCUGCGUUUCCUGGCCGGCAUCAUGGUCUGGGUCAUGAUCGCCCUGGUGAUCCUGGUGAUUGGAUACGGCAUCUUCCACUGCUACAUGGAGUACGCUGCCCUGAAAGGAGACGCUGGUUCCAAUGUGACCAUACAGGAACUGGGCUUCCAGACAGACUUCACCGUCUACCUGCAGAUUAGGCAGACCUGGCUGGCCUUCAUGAUCAUCCUGGCCAUUGUGGAGGUAGUUAUCAUCCUAUUGCUCAUCUUUCUGAGAAAGAGAAUCCUCAUCGCCAUUGCUCUGAUUAAAGAAGCCAGCAGAGCUGUCGGACAUGUGAUGUGUUCCCUCCUCUACCCGCUGUUCACUUUCGUCCUCCUGGCUGUGGUCAUCGCUUACUGGGCUGUAACUGCUGUCUUCCUGUCCACUUCCAACGAGCCCAUCUACAAAGUGUUUAAUGAGACGGCGUGUGAGCACUCCAGAACAACGUGCGACCCGGCUAACUACUCGACCAGUUCCAUGAAAGCGCAGUGCCCGGACUCCGAGUGCCUAUUUGCCUUCUACGGGGGAGAGACCGUCUACCACAAAUACCUGAUCGGCCUGCAGUUCUACAACGUGUUUCUCUUCUUCUGGUGCGCCAACUUCGUCACGGCCCUGGGACAGAUGACCCUAGCCGGGGCUUUUGCCUCCUACUACUGGGCCUUCGUCAAGCCCGAUGACAUGCCUGCCUUCCCGGUGUUCUCCUCCCUGGGGAGAUCGCUCAGGUAUCACACAGGAAGUCUGGCGUUUGGCUCGCUUAUUCUCUCAAUAAUCCAGAUCAUCAGGGUUCUGCUGGAGUAUCUGGACCACAAGCUGAAAGGAGCCCAGAACAAGUUUGCCAAAUUCGUGCUGUGCUGUCUGAAGUGCUGCUUCUGGUGUCUGGAGAAAUUCAUCAAGUUCCUGAACAGAAACGCCUACAUCAUGGUGGCGAUAUACGGCAAAAACUUCUGCACAUCUGCCAAAGACGCCUUCUUCCUCCUCAUGAGGAACAUGAUCAGAGUUGCCGUCUUGGAUAAAGUGACAGAUUUCCUCUUAUUUUUGGGCAAACUGCUCAUUGUUGGACUCGUUGGAGUCUUUGCUUUCUUUUUCUUCUCUGGACGAGUGAAGGCCUUUGAGGAUACAGCUCCAAACCUCCACUAUUACUGGGUGCCAAUCCUGACUGUGAUCAUUGGCUCGUACCUCAUCGCCCAUGGAUUCUUCAGUGUGUAUGCCAUGUGUGUGGACACACUGUUCCUCUGUUUCUUGGAGGAUCUGGAGAGGAACGACGGCAGUGCGGAGCGGCCCUACCUGAUGCCCGAGAGCCUCCGCAAAGUCCUGAACAAGAAGAACAAGGCCGAGCCGGAUCAGUAGAUCCCUCUGUCGAGCGGAGAGGCGAAACGGUGUCCGAGCAUCUGACCAUUCAGCAGAGUCUGCAAACGGCUCAAAUCUACGGUCAAACAGUCGUCCUGUCGGGAUCAGAACAGGUCUUUUGUACCUUUUUGUGCCUGCCUUGUGUCUUCAGUGAGACACCUUUGUUAUUAUUUUAGUUUAAACAUCCAAGCAUUUUUUUUUGGGUUGCUUUAAGCAUGUUUUUUUAUGUUAAAUCAGUGUCAAAUGAAGGUACACAAAGGUAAUCUGUUAAAUAUACGUUUGUGCUUUUAGCCUUUUUAUAAAAAACAACAACUUUUCUUUUGCCAUGUUUAACUUUAAUGUAUUUGAAUAUGUAACCGUAUUUUUUACCAAAGCUAUUGCACUAACUAAGUCAUAGCUACGGCCUUUUCUUUCAUUUAUAACCUAAACGCAUCUGAUGCUGUAGUGCAGUUUUUUUUCCCUUUCUUUUAUUUUUAUUUUUAUCAGAAGCCAGGUGGAGACAAGUGGAAUGGAAACAAAAGCACACAUUUAUAUUUAUAUCAUGUGAUGUAUAGAAUUGUACUAUGGGUUCCUCAUAUAUUUGUGAAGUUGAAAUGUUUUUGAAAUAAAAACAUAGUUUUUCUACAUUUUUAUUUUUCCUAGAUUUGUGAUCUUUAUAUUAUUUGGUGUUCAGCCCGCAUGGCUCACCAUGUUUUCAUGGUUGUUUAUAUAAACACGAUUUGCCAUGACUGCAGCAUUCUUAGAAAUGAAAUCCAAAACCCCUUUCUGGUAAUUAAAAAAAAAAA